GUGUGGCGGGAGGGUGCUAGGCGUGGGGUGGGUGGGGACGUCAUAUCACAGUGGUGGCCACGUGUGAGCGGCUGCUGCUGCUGCCUCUUAGUCAAGGCGUGGCAGCGGUCCCGGGCCUCCAGCGCUGCCCGCGUGUGUCGUGCCUGUGUGUGUCCACCCUACCCCAGCACGCCCACACUUCCGGAGCCCUCCACCCGCACGCCCACGCUCCCGGAGCCCUCCACCCGCACGCCCACGCUCCCGGAGCCCUCCACCCGCACGCCCACGCUCCUGGAGCCCUCCACCCGCACAAGGAUGUCAUGGACGGGCCUCAGCCAGUGGUUCUGGAGCGAGGAUGUGUGGUUGCCCCCCUUCUACACCUGGGACGACCUCGUCCACUCCCGCCACUUUAUCUACCCCAACUUCUACGAUGUCUGGACCUACCCGCUUGGCUUUGCCUUGUUCUUCAUCGCCCUGCGCUACCUCGUCCUCACUCCCUAUGUAUUCACUCCUAUAGCAAACUUUUAUGGCGUGAAGAAUACACAAGCGCGCCCGCCACCCUUUAAUACAACACUAAAUGGUAUCUUCCGGCAGUACCGCAGCCACGCCCCUGUAGAGGUGGUCAGCAAGGCCGCGCAGUCUCUAGGGUGGACGGAGCGACAGGUGGAGAGGUGGCUGAGGCAGCAGGCGCUGGCGGCGCGCACCACCGACUUGGGCAAGUUCUGUGGUCUGGCGUGGGAGGCGCUCUACUACACGCUGUACUGCAUCAUGGGUCUGGUGGUGCUGUGGGACAAGCCUUGGCUCUGGGACAUCCGCCACUGUUGGUACGGUUUCCCCAGGCACAAUCUGGACACUGAUGUGUGGUGGUACUACAUGGUGCCGCUGGGCUUCUACUGGAGCAUGACCAUCACCCACAGCUUCCAGCACCGACGCAAGGACUCCAACCAGCUGUUCGUGCACCAUGUUCUCACCAUCAUGCUCAUCUCAUUCUCCUGGGCGUGUAACUUUGUGCGUAUCGGGACGCUGGUGUUGGUGGUGCACGAGUGUGCCGACAUCCCCAUGCUGGUGGCCAAGAUGUGUAAACUGUGCGGACGACGCGACCUCAUGGACAACCUCUUCGUGGUGUUCCUGCUGCUGUGGCUCUCCACCAGGACGGGACUGUAUCCACUCUGGAUCCUCAGGAGUACGCUCUUCGAGGCCCACGUCAUCCUCGGACUCUGGUACCCUGUGUAUUACAUUUUUAAUGGGAUGUUACUUCUGCUGAUGUUGAUACACUUGGGCUGGACCUUCCUCAUCCUGAGGAUCGUGGUCCGCAAGCUGCGCAACAACCAGAUAGACGAUGUUCGCUCAUCCACUGAUGAUUCAGUUCAGGAAAACGAUGAGGCUGUCAUCAAAAAGGAAAACUAAAUUGAAUUCAUCCAUGCAUAUUUGCAUUACUUUCAGUUUUUGUUCUCAGCACUUGCAAGAUCCAAAGAACUUUAUGCAACAUUGCUGGUCACGUUCUUGUUCCUUUUAUUCACAAUUAAGAGAUUAUACUUAAUAAUUACAAUUCCUGUCCGAUGUACAAUCUUCACGAGAAUUAUCUUAGUCUAAGUGAACGCACAAUCUUUUGAGCAAUAAGAGGCUGUGAAUGCAUUCAUGGUGCACCAUGAAGCGUGUCCUACAUAGGUAGUAAUUAGUAGGGUGCGGCGCCCUCAACUGUACCUCAGGGAACUUGCUACUUGAGGGCGGCGUCGCCUCCACCAGUGUCCUCACCAGGACCGCCUCAACUCUACACGUCGCCUCCACCAGUGUCCUCACCAGGACCGCCUCAACUCUACACGUCGCCUCCACCAGUGUCCUCACCAGGACCGCCUCAACUCUACACGUCGCCUCCACCAGUGUCCUCACCAGGACCGCCUCAACUCUACACGUCGCCUCCACCAGUGUCCUCACCAGGACCGCCUCAACUCUACACGUCGCCUCCACCAGUGUCCUCACCAGGACCGCCUCAACUCUACACGUCGCCUCCACCCCCACAACCCUCCCAAACUCCUGGAGUCUUCACCACUCCCC